CUGUAAUGCACGGAACCAAAAUAGUGUCGAACACGCUUCAGCGGUCCUUCCCUUAAACCGUUCCCCCAUACAUGCACGUGUGAAAGACAGACAUUUAUUUUAAUCAGCUAUCAUGCCAAAGGCAGCGAAAGGCAAAAAAGCUCCAGUGGAGAAGGUUGUUCAUCCAUACAGCAGAAAAGCUGGCUAUUUGGCAAGCGCGGCUAUCAAACAAGGAAGGAAGGAAAAGUUAAAAAGUGAAAAGGCACAGCGUCUAAACCUGAUUGGUGAUAAACUUGUGUGGUUCCAAAGCCAGCUAGAUCCUGACAAGUCUGAGUACACCAAACAAGAUGCUUGUGAAAUAAUUGAAAGGUACCUUCACCGGUUUGAUGGAGAGCUGGACCAGAUAGUGUUGGCGAACAGUAUUAAAGGACGACAGGGUCGUCAGCAUGGCUCCAGAGAGGCGAUCAUCAAACAGACAAUAGAGAGAGAACGGGCACUGUAUGAAGGCAAUGGCUUUGAAAUUCCUGAUAUCAUAAACUCCAAGCAUUUAAAAACAUUCAGAGAGUGGAGUGGUGACUUAAAAAAACUCCCCUGCAUUAAGAUGAGGAAAGUUUCAGCGAAAGGCAUUGACAGCACAGCCUCUGUUGUGCCAAAUGAUACAAACAUGGAUGAAGAGAAUGAAGACGAUGAUACUGACCUGUAGUACUGUGAUAUCCUGUAUUUGUUACUACAGUUCAUCAGACUGUAGAGAAAAGAAGGCAUGCUGUGUAUGGACACAAUGUUUGAGAAACUUGACAGAAAGAGUUUGGGACUUGUGUGUUCACUAUCUGACAUUUAGAGUACAUUAGUGCUCUUUAAGCCGCUACCCAGACCAUAGGUGGUCUCUUCCUAUGUUCCUGUGGAAUUGCAAAAUGUCUUGUUGUGAAGAAGAGGAUUACAUGGUCACACAGGUAACACAGUGCCAUCAGUAUAUAAAUAAACAGAGACUUUUGAAAGUUU